ACAUUGAGCGAGACUGGCUUAGCCAAGGCAAACAGGAGAUCUCAGGUACCUCGACAAUGUGUUUCGUCUCAAACAAAUGACCACGCUGAAGAACAGCUUCACAUCCUAUGAAAUUUGCAGAGAAAAACGUUUACACUGGUUGGAUUUUGCGUGUGGUUUGACUGAAGAAAGAACCUGUGCUCAGGAAUAAAAUCGUAAAACCUGCGCCCAUUGUAGCCAACGUGAAAACGGAAUUUUCAGCCAAGAUGAAGACAAAAAAGGGCAUGGUCAUGCUGUCCAGCAGCGAGACGGAGGACGACGACAGCAUGGACGCCCCACUGGACCUGUCCUCCAGCGCGGGGAACGGAAAGCGCAAGAGACGGGGGAACCUGCCCAAGGAGUCCGUGCAGAUCCUGAGGGACUGGCUGUACGAGCACCGCUACAACGCCUACCCCUCGGAGCAGGAGAAGGCCCUGCUGUCGAAGCAGACGCACCUCUCCACACUGCAGGUCUGUAACUGGUUCAUAAAUGCUCGCCGGAGGCUGCUCCCCGAAAUGCUCCGAAAAGAUGGCAAAGACCCCAACCAGUUCACCAUUUCGCGGAGGGGGAGCAAGGCGGGCGAGGGCGGCGUCCCGGAGAGCUCCCCGUCCCCGAGACCCGCCGUGGCGGAUACCUGCGACCGGAGGGCCGUCCACCCGUCCAGCUUCGACCCCAGUGUCCCCAGGAAGGUCCUGUCGCCGAAGACGCCCUCCCCGGGGCCCGUGCUGCCCCGGCCGUCCGUCAUCUGUCACACUACCAUCACAGCCAUGCAGGGCAGCCCUCUGCACUGCUGCUCCCCCGCUGUUGGCGCGGACAAAGCCACAGACCUACAUUCCGCGGGAGCUCCGGGCCUGUUCGGAUGCCACGGGGAGGCGGCGACGGAAGGUAACUCCAGCCCCCAGAGCGGGCUCUUCAACACUCCUCCACCCACCCCGCCCGAUCUCACGCAGGACUUCAGCGGCUUCCAGCUCCUGGUGGAUGUGGCUCUGAAGAGGGCGGCUGAGAUGGAACUGCAGGCCAAACAGCUUGUGUCUUAAAACAAAAAGGUCUCAACAGGUUCCUUUUUUCCCAGACUGACUCUAUUGACUGACCUUGAUUAAAACAAAAAGAAAAAAAAAAAAGAAAAGCAACAGAAAUGCCUGAUCAUUUCUAUUUUUGGUAGAUGAAUCAAAGUGACGAUGAGGAUUUUGUAAAAAUCGAAUUGUGGUGCCUUGGACGUCAUCUUUUUUUGUAUUUCAUAUAUAAAUGUAUAGCUAUGUAUCCUUUUUUGCACACACAGGACCAAAACCAAAACAGACAAAGCUGCCUGUCUUAAGACUUUCCUUUUGAGAGAAAGAGGAAACCAUUCAUUGGUUGGUUGGUUCGUCUUUCUCCUGAAAUCGGGCUCCUUGGUGGGGCUCCUGCUUCUUCAGUUGUUUUAUUUUUUCCAGAUCAGUUCACAGUCUUUCUGCCUCAUCCAUUUGCACAACAGGGCAGGAAAAAGGGCAUCUCAGCGUCUUAAAUAUACAACUUCCUUUCGCCGUCUACCAUGAGCUUAAUCACUACUGUAGUCAGUUGUUCCGUAUAUGUUAAAAAUAGUUUUUUUGUACCUUUAUUUGUCAUGUUUAAAGAAACAUCUUUGUUUGAUUCUUUGUUUGUAUUUUUUCUCUGGGGGCAUUUUGAAAGGAAUUAUGUAGCAAUUUCACACUUUGUCUGAGCCUUCAUACUGCGUAGCAAUGGCCAAUGAAUGUGCCAAGGCGAGACCCCCCCCCCAUGGUGCCUUGCGCUUGGCAUUUGGUACCUGUACUGUAAACUGGAAAAAUAACACUAAGUCAGUUGGCUGGAAUAAAUUUUUUUUGGUUUCAUAUUACCACUGAAAAAUGAGAAAAUCAACUAAAUGGUGAAAAAGGCAAAGACCCUGCGUGUAACUAAUGUGACAAAAUGCCCAAUGAUGUGAUUUCAUAUUUUC